UCGACGGUAUCUUGAGUCUGGAAAUUGGAGGGCACGCGAGGAAUUGGACGACAUUCUGAUCAGUGUGAUCGACGUGCCAACAAGAAUCGCUGCCAAUGUGCAAUUCGGCGGACACUUCGUACGUGCAAAAGUUAGGUUACCUGCAUCUCGAGGAUGAUUCCGCUGACACCGGUGGGGCGACGAGUGCGACCAGGGUCUCGGGUUCCAGGCCCGAGGCCCAGGUACCUGUAUCCAGGAACGCGAUCAAUAGAAACGACGCCAGAGCGUCUGGUAGACCGGUCGGUGCUAUCGAGAGCUUCAUCGAAGGCAAUUCCUCGGACAUUUCUAGACAGGCAGCCACCACCGAUUAUAAAUACGAGCGUGAAAAUAUAAUAGCUGCUUCACGAUUUGCUACUCCCAAGCCAGUGGAACAAAUUAACGCGCUACAACAGCAGCAGCAACAGAAUCAAACUCGUGGAAGUCAUCAACAAGCUCCUGUUUAUGAAAAUAUUGAUUAUUAUCCGCAGCAAAGUCAGCCGCAUCCUCCUUAUUAUCAUCCAAUAGAGUCGCGGAAAAGUCCAAAAAGUAGCCCUAGAGCUUCCUUGGUUGGUGAUACCUAUGAAGGAAAUUAUAGAAAAGCUCAACCACAAGUGCCAACUGGCAAUCGUUAUCAAAGUACAUCGCCAGCGAAAGAAUUACCGCCAUAUGAAGCACCACCAGUAUAUGAAAAUAUACAGGAAGUACAUUUCUCUGAGAAUUUACAAAAUAAACCAGGACCCCAGGUUCCGCCAAAUUAUUAUCAUCCAGCAAAUAUAAAUGGCGGUGAUUAUGUUGUUAUGACUGGAAAGGUAGGUCAAUCUCAGAAUCAACGCGGGAUGACUCAAAAUUUAUCAUAUAAUCAACAAAGGAGUGGAAGUAUACGCGGUCAAAGUUAUGAUGCUUCAAGUUUACAGCGGUCAAUAGAUUCAUCUACUUCUAGGUACUUACAGAGCUCAUCCUCUGCAUCCUCAGACCAUCAAACUGGAAGAAGCGCUUAUGUACCUCCAUCUGAACUGCAACAACCAAAUAGAAACUUUAGUUACAGCUCUGAUCAACAGCAACAACAAUCUCCUAGAUCUGGUUUACCAUACCACAGUGAAUCUCCUCCGAUACGUUUACCACCAGAACCACAUCAUUAUCGUGGUUUAUUGGAAAGUACUAUAAGUGGACAACAAGGAUUUCGUGCCACAAAUCAAAUUGAUAGUGGCCAAUCUUCUCAAUUUCGACAGGACAAUCCACAGAAUUAUAAGCAAUAUGUUGAUCCUUCUUCGAGAACUGCAAAUGCAAAUUUCACGGGGGACUCGCAGGCCAGAAAUUCUCCAGUGUAUGGAAUUCGCCCAGGGGAACAGACAGCGUGUCAUAAUUCUCCAUGUUACUCUCCAAAUCGUACAAUGCCUCAAAAUGAAAGGAACUAUCAUCAUCAAGAAAAUCGACCAGAUUUUCCUGCUAGAAAUUCCCCUGUUUACUCUUCAAAUCGCUCCACGGAACACUUGAGAUUAGGUACGCUGCAACAAAAUGAUAGGAAUUAUGUCUCAGAUGUAUCGGACCUGCCAGCUACAAAGAAUUCACCUUUAUAUUCUCCGAAUCGUGAUCCUACUAGGGCCAUUAUUGCUAAUAACAAUGUCAUAAGAGAAUCUCCAAAAACAAGUCCAACACAUGGUCAAAUGUCAUCAGAUAUUACUUCACAGAAUAUCAAUUCACCUAGACAUGGAUUGCAUCCUUCAUUCAACAGUUCCAUUGGAAGUCCUAUGCGUGGACAAGUGCAAGCUCCUGUCACUAGUGCUUUGACUACAGCCGGUGAAACUGACAUCAACACUGGUCCUAGGAUCACUAGUCUCCCCCCUGGCGUUACCAGCGGAGUUGCAGGGCCCGUACUUUUGAAUGCCGGUGUACCUGUACUACAAAGACCUUCCAAUUCGGAGGCAGAAGAGAGAAAAUCCGUUAGUCCGCCGAUCAAACCUGCAUCUGGGAAGGGAUUGCUUCCCUACAAUGUUAUUUCUAGACCUUCGGGACCAACGGAGGCGGAGAGAAAGAUAGAGGAAUUGACGAGGCAACUCGAAGAGGAAAUGGAAAAACAGGAAGAGGAAGGAGAGUACUUUGGUAUCUGUCACACAUGCGGUGAGAAAGUGACCGGCGCCGGACAAGCUUGUCAAGCAAUGGGCAAUCUCUAUCAUACCAAUUGCUUCAUAUGCUGUUCCUGCGGAAGGGCGCUACGCGGCAAAGCUUUCUACAACGUUCACGGGAGGGUUUAUUGCGAGGAGGAUUACCUGUAUUCUGGUUUCCAACAGACGGCCGAGAAAUGUGCGAUUUGUGGUCAUCUCAUUAUGGAAAUGAUAUUGCAAGCUAUGGGCAAGUCAUAUCAUCCGGGUUGCUUCAGGUGUUGCGUUUGCAAUGAAUGUCUUGAUGGCGUUCCCUUCACGGUCGACGUCGACAAUAAGAUCUACUGCGUAAAUGAUUAUCAUAGAAUGUUCGCGCCUAAGUGCGCGUCUUGUGGAAAAGGAAUCACGCCAGUCGAGGGAACCGAGGAAACUGUCAGGGUAGUUUCCAUGGACAAAGACUUCCACGUGGAUUGUUAUGUUUGCGAGGAUUGUGGUAUGCAGUUGACCGACGAGCCGGAUAAACGGUGCUACCCACUCGAUGGCAGGCUCAUGUGUCGUGCGUGUCACAUCCAACGCAUAUCGCACACGCAACCGAGGGCACCACAACCGGUGUCGGCUAGUUAUCAAUUUAUGGGCUAAAUUAGAUCGGUGCUUGAGCUUCUGUCGAAGUUUUCCGAACUGCGCACAUAACGAUCAUCCGAUAAUGAAGUCUGUGAAAAUCAAUCAAAUAAAAUAUACAUCGUGUAAUAGAAUAGAACACUUACGAUUGCGCGCGCGAAAUUUAAUCAAGGUAUAUACGAGUCAGACUUUGCGAAUGAUGCAUUCAUGUAGGCAGAAAUUUACAUUUUACAAAAGAUUUUCAAUAUAAUAGUUGUCAUUUCUCAUCUAUUAUACUAUAUGCUAAUAAUGUUUGCUAUCUCUCAAAAUGCAAAUUAUCGAAUCAAUACAUUAAUACAUCUCAAUAAUAUAUAGUAGAAAAAUAAUAAUUGCAAUGUGUCGCAUGCUAAAUGUAUUUUUAGAAUAUCGAAAACUUGUGCAAUUUUAAUUAUUUCGAUUUUUAGACGAAAUGUCAUUUUAAUAUAACUCUAAGACUGGAGAUUUGAAAAAAACCGAAAUCAUUACACUGCCUUUUGGGAUCAUUUUAAUUGAUGAAUAGUUAUGUAACGUAUAUGCGAGUACAAGAACAUUUCUUUUUAAUUCAAAAAAGGACCGAUAGUCUAGAUAAGUGGUAUAUUUAAUAUAUGCAAUCUUAUUUAUUUAGUCAGAGUGUUUGCUGCAAACACAAUAGUCUCAUUAGGAUGAAUGAGUUGCGCAGGCAACUGUGAUAUAAUAGCAUAAUAAUUAUCUGUUAAACAACAAUUCCAUACUUUUUAGAGCACAUGUAUAUAUUUAUCAUGUUUUAUCAUAUCAUAAUGCGAAUUUAUGAUGGACUGGGAAGAUUUUUCUGCGAAUUUUCUUAGAUCAAGUUUCAAUACGUACUUCAUAAAAUAUUCAUUAAUAUUUAUUAGGAUAAAUAUAUCAUCUCACUGCGAAGACUCGUGUAAAGUUGAUCGCUAUAUGACAAGGAUGUACUAUAAACUUCGGUUAUAAUGCGUUUUUAAUAUUUUCGCGAUAAACAAUGGAAGCUAGAAAAUAAUUAUGAAAAAUAUGUAGGCGUGCUACAUCAAUAAGCGACAAUAUUAUGUAAUAGUGAAAGACGCACAACUCGAGCUGCCAAAUAACUAUCGUUACUCUUCAAGAUUAAUAAAAGUAAUUAUUUCGUGUUACACUUAAUAAUAAAUUAAGUGUAAUAUAGAAGUGUUAUUUAGUAGUAAUUAAAUAAUUAAGUUCGCGCGAAUUGUAGAUAAAAAUGUAAUCUUAUUUAAAUCACAUACACAAUAUGUAUAAAUGAAUCAAUCCUUCAAUAAAGACAAACUACUAAAAAUG